UCUCCUAACUCAAGUCCCCCACUGUUGCCAACCUCUUUUCAGAAUUUUCUUUUUUUAUUCAGUCGUUUCCUAUAAUUGAAGAUACCUUGAAUCGCAAUCCAUUGCAAUGCAAGAACAUCAAAGCCUUGCUUAAAAACCACUUGAUUGUUUCACCUUCCUGUGUUCCUUUCUCUUUCUUUCUGUCAAACCGCAUCGAAGCUCAUCCACAGAUCCUGUCACCCAGAAUUCUCGGUCGUUUAUUCGGAGGAAUGGGACGGCGUUCCUGCUGUCCGAAGCAGAAGCUAAGGAAAGGGCUGUGGUCUCCUGAAGAAGAUGAGAAGCUCUACAAUCACAUCAUCAGAUAUGGGAUUGGCUGUUGGAGCUCUGUGCCCAAACUAGCAGGAUUGCAAAGAUGUGGGAAGAGCUGUAGACUGAGGUGGAUAAAUUACUUGAGGCCAGACCUCAAGAGGGGCAACUUCUCACAGCAAGAAGAGGGCUUGAUCAUAGGCCUGCAUGAGAUUUUGGGCAAUAGGUGGUCUCAAAUUGCAUCCCACUUGCCAGGAAGAACAGAUAAUGAGAUCAAGAACUUCUGGAACUCGUGCCUCAAAAAGAAGCUUCGGCAGAGGGGGAUCGACCCGAGCACGCACAAGCCACUGAGUGAGAAAGAAGCACCAGGGGAAAAGCCUGGUUUGAACAAUUCAAUCAGUAGUGGUUCCACAGAGCAUCUGCCGGUGAAGCCGGUUUUUGAUCCUUUCCCCUUGAUUGAUAUCCAGGUGGGUAUCGAUGCCACGGAGACUAAUUCGAACCUUUACGACCAAAUUCAGCAAGCUUUUAGGCCUUUUAACCAGAAUGAGUUGUUAAACAGCUCAGGAUUUUGUGAUUAUAGUAGUGUCUUGGAUGUUUCGGAGAAUUAUGGCUAUGGGGAGAGCUCAAGUAACAGUAGUAAUUGGAACUGCAAUGUAGGAACAGACAUGAACAAUGUGUUGGGAACUGAGGUUCUGAAUUGGGCUUCUGACAACAAGGUAGACUCAUUAACUCAGUUGCAGACCAAUGGGAUGGAAACUUUUGAAGGGAAGAUUAGUCCAUGGCAUAAGAACCAGCACCAUGCACAGAGUACAGAAGAUUACAGUGGCUGUCCGAUUAGGUCGCUGUCUCGAGACCUGUCAGAGGCCUGCUUUGAUAUACCUCAAGGGGAAUUGGCAAAUGAAUUCAAUGUGGAUUUCUUUUGAGUUCUUCAUAUUCUCCUGCCCUCCCUCCCUCUCUCAUAUAUCUUGAAAUCAUUGGAAAAAAUUGUGAAUGAUAGAGGUGGAACUUUUUGUCUGUAUUUUGCUUCAAUUUCUUUGCUUUUUCUCCACUGUAUUAUGGCUAUAGAGGAACAAAUAAUGUUACAGGGGUGUGCUCACAUUACA